AUGAAUGUAGUUCAGUCGCCGACCGUCAUUCUACUUGUCAAAACUUACUUUAAGGAACCGACAAGAAACAAUAUUUUGUAACGAUUUAAUUGAAUUUACGGUGAUAGAAAGAAAAAUUGUGAAAAAUGAAUGCACCACCGACCUUCGAAUCAUUUCUUCUAUACGAAGGAGAGAAGAAGAUUAUCAAAGAACAAGAUACAAAAGUUCCAAACGCUGCUAUAUUUACUGUAAACAAAGAAGAUCAUACUCUAGGAAAUAUGAUUAGAAAUCAAUUGUUGAAAGAUCCAAAUGUAUUGUUUGCUGGAUAUAAAUUGCCACAUCCUUUGGAGCAUAAAUUCGUUUUAAGAAUCCAAACGACAUCUGAAUAUACACCACAAGAUGCUUUCAUGCAAGCAAUUACUGAUUUAAUUGCUGAGCUAUCUUUGUUUAGAGAACGAUUCAAGGAUGCAAUCAAAGAAAAGAAAGAAGGAUUAGAUUAAAAGAGUAAAUUCAACAACACAAA